ACUAAUCGAACGUGUCACGAACCUAAAAUACAAACUUUUGAUGUGAAUGUUCUGUAGUGUAUUUUGCACUCGUUUUCAGACCAAUGACAGCAUGUCAUUUCAGAUCAUAGACUCUGAUGAGAUUCCUGUAUUCUCAAGCAGUCCCUCUUCACCGGCAGUGCACUCUGCGGCUCCUAUGUUCAGCAAUUUGGAGUUUGUGGCAAAGGAUGAUACGGCUGGACAGACAAACUCCACACCUCUUGAUGGGUCACUGUAUCAGACAAUGUCAACAUCAAAUUUUGUUUUGAAAGAUGAUAAAAGUAAAGUGGAACAGUCUGUGAAUGAGACAACUUUAGAUGGUCGAGUAUGGACACUCAGUGAUUUUAUAACCACAACCAUCUCCAGCAGCCAAUCACCACUCUUACCAUUUGAAUCUGUAGCCCCAAUUGAUGCGAGUCAUUCUAUAUCUGUGAGCAUGAGUACAUCGGGAACCAGUUUUGUACCAGUAACUGUUAGCUUGAGUACUUCGGGAACCAGUUCUGUCCCAGUAACUGUUAGCUGGAGUACCUUGGGAACCAGCUGUGUUCCAUUAACUGUUAGCUGGAGUACUUUAGGAACCAACUCUGCUCCGGUAAAUGUUGAUUACAGUGCUUUACGAAACACCUCAGCGCAAGCUGGUAGCUUGGGCAGUAAUAAUAACAUACUGCAGCAGGAUAAUGUACAGUUUUCAGAUACAUAUGAACGGGUAUCAUUUGAUGGUCCACACUUGCAGGAGAGUAACUUGUUUGCACAAGCUUCACCUCAAGAUGGUAAAAAAGCAUUUGAUCUGUCACCACUUCCAUCAGAAUCAAGGUCACAAGAACAGAAUUUAGGAGGGAUCCAGAAUAUCAAUAACCAGUGUUACGAGGCAGCUAUUAGCGAGCAUUUUGGACGUAAAAAACAUUCUAAAAUUGGUCAGUAUGUGUCAAAAGUGAAAAACUCGAAACCUCAUUCUGGGCUAUCCCAAGUGUAUGAUAAACUACAGAGAGUAUCGCCUGGACAGAGUCCAGUCCAUCGCAUUAAACAGAAGACUGAUUUUAGCAAGUCACCAAUAACUAGUCCAGCGGCAGUGAAAGAAACUGCAUCAGAAGAUUCUAAUGUGACAAAAUCAACAUUUUCAACAUUCACAAUGCCCAGCAUUCCAUCUCCGUCGUCACCGUUUUCUGCACGAUCGCAUUCACCCAUUCAAGCAGACGGUCAAAAAUCUCCAAAAUCCCCUAAAGGAGAGACGGACAUUAAAAAAUAUCGCUACAAUCAGACGGCAUUAGCUUUACAGCAAUCCGGUUUAAUGAAAACCACCAUAAAAACUGCCGAACUGCUACGGAAAAGUCGACUUCUGCAGCAAGAACUGUCCAAGUUACGUAAAGAGACAGCAGUAUUUGUUCACAUGGUUCUUAACAAUCCAGAAAAUAAGCAUAUUAAAGAUAUGUACAUGCCAGAGCAGGAGGAUAAUUCAAAGCCGCAAUGAAAAUCUCAUAGUUAUUUAGCAAUAAUUGUUCUUUGUUUCAGGGAAGCAUUUCUAUUUUUAGCUCCCACCAACUUUGUUCAGGUUGAUCUAUUAUUAUAGGAGGGAUGGUCUUUUUCUGUCUACCUGCAUCAAUAUUAUACGCCCGUUUGAAAAACGGGACGUAUU